ACUCGUUGAAUUUUUCGAACAAUAUAAUAUACAAAUAAGACAAGUCUCCUUUUACACCAACUUUAGAGCACAUUUGUCACACCACCAGAUUUCUCUAUUAAAUACUCAAAUCACUUUUAUCCCAUGAUUUCUGUCCUUUUAACAAAACAAAAAAAAAGCACAUGAUGCCUUUAUAUAUAUAACUGAUAUAUACAUAUAUAUCUCUGUCUCAAUUUUACUCAUUGUUCUAUCAUUACAAAUUUUAGUAUCUACAGUCUACACUAUGAUAGAGUUGUUGAUAAGCUUUCUUCUUGGACUCUUUUUAUUCUCACCUGCCACAUCAGCAAAUGCUAGUGAAAAUAAAUUACCAAAAUGUAAUUACCCUGCAAUUUACAAUUUCGGCGAUUCGAAUUCCGACACCGGCGGAUCAGCUGCGGCAUUCUAUCCACCGGCAUUACCCUCCGGCGAAACCUACUUCCAUCGCCCAGCUGGAAGAGCCUCCGAUGGCCGUCUCAUCAUAGACUUUAUUGCUGGUGAUUUGGGGUUGCCAUAUUUGAGUCCAUACUUGGAUUCAAUAGGAUCAAAUUACCGUCACGGCGCGAACUUUGCAACGGGGGGUGCAACCGUUAUGCGGCCGAACGAGUCUUGGUUUGUGAACGGUGUCAGCCCUUUCAAUCUCGAAAUCCAAGUUGAGCACUACACACAAUUAAAAGAAAAAACAUUUUUUUUCUACAAAGAUAAAAAAAAGUGUAAUAGAAAACGAAUGCCGAGGCCUAAGGAUUUCUCGAAGGCACUCUACGUAAUCGAUAUAGGGCAGAAUGAUGUUGCUGCAGGUAUACGAAAGCUCAGCAUUGAACUACAGAAAGCAGCUCUGCCUCAAAUAGUCAACCAGUUUAAAGUUCAACUCCAAAAUCUUUACAACAGAGGGGCAAGGAAUUUCUGGGUGCACAAUACGGGCCCCAUCGGAUGUUUGCCCGUGGCAACCGUUAAAGUUCAAAAUCCCGUGCCAGGUUACCUCGAUAAGCAUGGCUGCGUCAAGAGUCAAAACGACGUAGCUUUGGAAUUCAACAAACAGCUCAAAGAUGAAAUUGUCAACCUGAGAUCACAGCUUUCCGAGGCUGUAAUAAUCUACGUGGAUAUGUAUAGUGCCAAGUAUGGACUAAUCACCGACGCAAAGAACCAAGGAUUUGAGGACUCUUUUACGAUAUGCUGCGGAUAUCAUGGAAUCGGGUAUGAUGUUUGGUGUGGAAAUAAAGGAAAUGUAAAUGGAAGCGAAGUUACGGGUGGUUCUUGUUCGAAUCCUUCUGCAGUUAUAAGCUGGGAUGGUGUACAUUAUACCGAAGCUGCUAACCGUUGGAUCGCGACCCGUAUUGUAAGCGGAUCCUUUUCAGAUCCUCCCGUACCCAUCUCAAGAGCAUGCUUUUAUAAGGCAUAAAUCAGAUUCCGAUCCUUCAGUUAAUCGAAUCUUCUGUUCAAAUUCGGUAUCAUGAUUUAUAAAUGCACACCAUGCUCGUUAAACGAACACAUAUUUGCAAUAAGAGAUAUCUUACCGAAAAUCAACAAA